AUGACGGUGGUGUUGGCACAAGAUACGAUGUUGUUACCCAAAAUCCCCAUAAAGAACUUGGAAAUUCUGCUCAAAAACCUUGAGAACAUUCUCAGCAUAAUCACAAUAAUGCUUAUGCAGACGGGAUAUCCAAAGCAAGUUGAUAUCAAAGUCCAAGAGGAGGAGAUGUGCAGCAUUGAAACCUUGGAUCCGCUCAAUCCAGAACCAUCUCUGGUACUCUACUGCCAGAGCAGGAGGAAAUGUCGAGAAUGGGAGAAGAAAAUGUGGCUGUGUAAGGACAGUGAGGCAUAUCAGGAGCUGGCUAGCAUAGUCCUCAACACAACACUCCAGAAGGAUCUUGACAACAUGGGUCGUUUCAAACACACAGGUGGGAUGUGCACACAGCUACUCGCCUUGGAAGUAUUCCACGGUUCCCUAUUGCCGUAUGCUCCAAAGAGACAGUGCUUCUCCUACCAGAGUAUGAAGCAAAGAACAAACUUGGCCAUCAUGCAUCACAAUGAGAACCUGACUCAGAAACCAAAGCUGGACUCAGAAGGAAAACCUGUUAUCAUUCAAGAAUGGAGCAAGCGUUCAAAAGAAUGGGUCACAAGAAAGAGGCAUCAGCAAAACACGGUCAACUUCAGAACCAGGUUGAUGCAGUUGCUGUUGGAGAGGCGGAAUGAUCCUACUGUCAUCUUCAAGGACACAUCUUCAACUCUUCUUAGACCUGACCUGCCUGCUAACAUAGGAACACUCCCCAAACCAUCCAAAGAUGAUGCUGCCCAGAAACACAAGAGUUGUUUUGCUAAAUGA